UGGGCAAAGCUUGCAACUAAGCAAUUAAAAGGAAAGAGUCCGGAGAUUUUGGUGCACAAUAACUAUGAAGGGAUCAAAUACAAGCCCGUUUACACACCCGAAGACACGACUGAUCUAAAACUGGAGCUUCCUGGGAAGUAUCCUUUCACUCGUGGCCCUUAUCCAACUAUGUACACACAAAAACCGUGGACUAUUCGCCAGUACGCAGGUUUCUCCACUGUCGAGGAAAGUAACAAGUUUUACCGAGAUAACAUAAAAGCUGGUGUGCAAGGUCUCAGUGUAGCUUUUGAUUUAGCUACCCAUAGAGGAUACGAUUCUGACAACCCUCGUGUGCACGGUGACGUUGGUAUGGCCGGAGUGGCCAUUGACUCAGUCAACGAUAUGGCCCGCUUAUUUGAAGGCAUCCCUCUGAAGAAUAUCAGUACUUCAAUGACAAUGAACGGCGCUGUGCUCCCCAUUUUGGCUAUGUUUAUCGUAGCUGCAGAAGAGCAGGGUGCUAAACAAACUGAAUUAGCUGGAACGAUUCAGAAUGAUAUUCUCAAAGAAUUCAUGGUCCGAAACACCUAUAUCUUCCCGCCCACACCUUCAAUGCGUAUCAUCAGUGACAUUUUUGCGUACACUGCUCAGAACAUGCCCAAAUUCAACUCCAUUUCUAUUUCUGGCUACCACAUGCAAGAAGCCGGAGCAAAUGCUAUCCUCGAAAUGGCCUAUACCAUUGCUGACGGAAUUGACUAUUGUCGUCUUGGAGUGGAGCACGCAGGCCUUAAAAUUGAUGCGUUCGCCCCACGUUUGUCAUUCUUCUGGGGUGUAGGCAUGAAUUUCUAUAUGGAAAUUGCCAAAAUGCGUGCCGGUCGACGCGUCUGGGCCAAACUGAUCAAGGACAAGUUCCAACCGAAAUCGGAUAAAUCUCUAUUGUUGCGUGCUCACAGUCAAACUUCCGGAUGGUCACUGACAGAACAGGAUCCGUACAAUAACAUCAUCCGAACAACAAUCGAGGCUAUGGCUGCGGUAUUUGGUGGUACACAAUCGUUGCACACAAACUCAUUCGAUGAGGCUUUGGGUCUGCCAACCAAAUUCUCUGCUCGUAUCGCGCGUAACACCCAGAUUAUUUUGCAAGAAGAAACCAAUAUCACCAAAGUGGCAGAUCCAUGGGCCGGAUCGUUCAUGAUGGAAUCCCUGACCAAUGAGAUUGCAGAGGCUGCGAUGAAAGAGAUUGAAGAGAUUGAAUCUAUGGGAGGCAUGGCCAAAGCUAUCGAAGCUGGUAUUCCGAAACUGCGUAUCGAGGAGUGCGCUGCCAAACGACAAGCUGCCAUUGACAGUGGCAAGGGUGAGUCGUCGUCUUUUCACUUCUUGCGUGAAUCUCAAAUUGCCAAAUUGAAACAAGUGCGCGCCGAACGUGACAAAGCCCGGCAAUGUCUCACUGAGAUCCGAAAUGCCUGUGCGAAGGAUGACCGUAGCCAGAAUCUGUUGGCUCUCAGUAUCGAAGCAGCACGCGCACGAUGCACGGUUGGUGAGAUCACCGAUGCGAUGACGGACGUGUACGGCCGACAUCAAGCCGCUGAUCGUCUGGUGUCCGGAGCCUACCGGAGCGAGUUUGCCGCUCAGGACGAAUUUAAUGCGGUCAUGAAAGAUGUUGAAGAAUUCGCCAAUCAGGAGGGUCGUCGUCCCCGUAUCCUGAUUGCAAAACUCGGUCAAGAUGGACAUGAUCGUGGGGGUAAAGUUGUGGCCACCGGGUUCUCCGAUCUCGGAUUCGAUGUGGACGUGGGACCAUUGUUCUCUACCCCGGCGGAAGCUGCGCAACAGGCUGUUGAUGCUGAUGUACACGUGGUCGGCGUGAGCAGUUUGGCCGCUGGACACAAGACUUUGGUGCCCGAACUGGUGAAAGAACUGGCCAAGUUGGGCGGACAGGAUAUUGUGGUCAUUGUGGGUGGUGUGAUUCCACCGCAGGACUAUGAUUUCCUCCUGGAACACGGAGCGUCUGCUGUGUUCGGUCCCGGUACCCGUAUCCCCGAAUGUGCUGUCCAGGUGCUGAAAGCUAUUCGCAACAAGAAGGCAAGCAAAGGUGGUUCGCGUGCUCACUCCUAA